AUGAAACGCAAAACUUCUUUUAACGAACAACAUCGACGAAACGCAAAUUUGAAGAAGAAAAACAACAACAACUAUCACUACUCCUUGUUCUUCUUCUCUUUCGUUUUGAAAUGCGCGUGCGUUCUCCUCGCACUCCUCGUCCUCCUCUUUUCUUGGAUGCGAGCGAUUUAUUUCAGCGAAAACGAGUGUCAGAUGACGUACAUGCGUCCCGGAUAUUCGAAAAUUGAUUUGAGCGAAAGUGGUGUUGGAUUCUUUGAGAAAGGAAAAGGGCGAAAGUAUGAUCUCAUCCGAUACGAGGAGAUGGACGACAUUUCGGAGAACGGUGGAAAGAACAAAAACGCUUUUAUGGAAGGAACAAAAACUGUGCUGGCUUUGUUCAUACCGGGAAACGGCGGCGAUUACGCGCAGGUGCGCUCGCUCGCGCACUCGACGCACGCGCUCGGGAAAUACUAUUUGUCUUCUUCUUCUUCUUCUUCUUCUUCGAGUGAAGAAACGAAGGCAAAAAAGACAAAGAUUGAAUGGUACGCGAUGGAUUUCAAGGAAGAGUUCUCGGCGUUCGACGCGGAUGCGAUGGAACGGCAAGUUGAAACAACGAGAUGGGUGUUAGAGGAGUAUUUUGGGAGGAAGAUUUUUGAAAGCUAUGAAGACGACGACGACGACGAUGACGGCGGUGGAAAAUAUUUGAAGAACGUUAUCGUGGUCGGGCACUCCAUGGGCGGGUUAGUCGCGAAGUAUGCAGCAGAGCAAGUGAUAGUGAAUAAAAGUGAUUUUAACGGAAGAAGAAUAGAGCACGUGCACGUGACGACUCUGGCAACGCCGCACGCGUACCAUCCCGGAGCGUUUGCGCUUUCGAGUUUCGCCAAUCACGCGUGGCGGAAAAGAACAUCGAAGAAGAUGACGACUGGCGAAGGGAAGAAGGAGUUGAUGUCCGUGAUGUCCGUGAGUGGGGGGAUGCGCGAUUGGCAAGUUUCCGGAGUGGACGCUUCGCUUGUUCUCUCUUUGAAUGAUAGUAAUAAUAAUAGUGGUAAUAAUAGGAAUAGGAAUAGCGAAAGAGUGAAGACCGUAUCGACGCGAACGUCCUGCGAUCAUCUCGCGAUAUGCUGGUGCAAGCAAGUGAUUUUAUCGCUCGCGGUCGCAUUACAUCGCGUGGCAAAAGCAGGUGGAAAUGAAGGAGUAGGUGAUAUUUCUCAAUACAUAAAGAAUAUACACGUUGAUAUUCCGCCGCAUUUGGGUUGGCAUGGCUUUGAAGACGCGUCUUCGACUUUGAAGAAAAAAGACAACCACGGCGUCUUCAUCGAUGGAUUUUUUUCUGGAGUAGACGAUAUCAAUACCGAUAGAAAUACUCGAGGAUGGUACACGUUUGCACCCAUCCUCGUCGCGAGAACACCGAACGUUGCGUCUGCUGCAAUAUCUUGGCACGUUUUGUUCUCGUCGGGCCCGUCGUCGUCGAUGGCAUUUUCGGGUCUUGCAUUUUCCUCGCUCUACGUGCUCUCGGCUUUGAGUGAAAACUUUGCAAUCGGCGCGAAAGAGAUGCGAGCUUUACGAUUAGAAAUGUACGUUCUUUUUGCAACGAGCGUUGUUUUAGUCUGCGGUUACGGCAUGGCUAAGAGUUUACACCUGCUUUUUUGCAAGAUGCUCGCGUUAUCGAGAAAGAAUACCGCUUCAACAAAGCUUGAUUUUCUGCGACGAAUGUCGGUGUCGACGCACGUAUCGAUUUCCGCGGCGUUAGCGGCUGUCGCUCCGGCGCUCGUGCACGCGUACAUGAUCGUUUUCAAGUGCACUUUUGGUACUAGUACUGAUGAAAAUACACUCGUGCACUCGUGUUGCGCCUCUGUUUGGGCUUCUUUCUUACUUUUACCCGCGUUCGUGACGAAAGUAAAAGAUGGGAACUUACCGGGCGGGGUGUGGUCUGCGAUAGAUUCGGGGGUUGCUUUUUGCACCGCGGUAGGAACGAUUUUAGUAUAUCAUUCCAAUCAUGCGGAGGGAAAGAAGAAGAAGAAGAAGAAGAAAAGUAUGACGAUAAUAAUAACGAGUUUGCUCUUCUGCGCUGUAUCGAGCGGCGCCGGGAUGGCGUCGUUGGCACAUCUCGGUCUCCUCUUCUUCUCGUUUUGUUGA